ACUCAAACAUCUCAAUACUUCGAAAGAAAAUUGAACUGUCAAGCGAAUGAAUUUCACUGUGACCAAAUGACGAUAUGACGUGUUCAAUACGAUUAUGUUUUGGUAUUCGAUUCGAGUAUCAGAAUCGCUUUAAUUUUGGUCAAUCUAUGUUUUUUGUUCGGCGAACGCAUUUAGUUUUGUAUAAGUUGUAAAAAUAGGUGACAACAAACACUCGAAAACGAUAUUGAAUCGGCAAAUAGCAGCAGAUUGUUGAAUUAGCCCGGUUGGCGUGAGGACGAUUGAUUAUUUCUGUUUUGCAUUUUGGGCAUUGAGCGAGAGUGAAAGACACAGACACACAAUUAGUGGCUAAGGCUAAAAAGAGGAAAGAAAUCGUCAUCAAAACACAUAAAAACGAAAUGGAUUUUUUCAAAAGUGGAUUAAAAAGUGUUUUAGGCUCACCAGAGCCCGGUACCCAGCCAAGUGGCGCUGAAACAGUCGAACGAUUGGUAGACCGUGUAUCGACGUCAACGUUGCUCGAAGAUCGGCGUGAUGCGUGCCGUGCUUUGAAAUCGUUGUCGCGCAAAUACCGUGUCGAGGUCGGUGCCCAAGGAAUGUCAGCUCUGGUGCAAAUCCUUGAAAUGGAUCGCAGCGACUGUGAAAUCGUUGGCUAUGCCUUGGAUACAUUAUGCAAUAUCACAUCACAAGAGCAAUUCGAAGAGGAAAUGGACAAUCCCACCGUAUCGACGAACAUAGGCGAACAAUUUACCGAAAUGUUUAUCAAAUCCACCGAGAAUGUGACGACAGUAUUAAGUUUUCUGGAAGAAAUCGACUUCAAAGUGAGAUGGCCGUCGAUAAAACUACUCACAUCACUGUUAGCCAAUCGUCAUAAGGAUAUCCAAGAAAUCAUAUUGGUCAGCCCAAUGGCCGUCUCCAAAUUAAUGGAUUUACUGGUAGAUAGUCGUGAAGUAAUUCGAAAUGAUGCCCUGCUAUUGCUGAUUGAAUUGAUCAAAGGCAAUGCGAAUAUACAGAAAAUUGUGGCAUUUGAAAAUGCGUUUGAUCGAUUGUUCGAUGUGAUACGAGACGAAGGUUUUUCCGAUGGUGGGAUUGUCGUUGAAGAUUGCCUCAUUUUAAUGAUCAAUUUGCUGAAGAAUAAUUCGAGUAAUCAACAGUUUUUCAAAGAGGGUUCAUACAUUCAACGUUUGGCUCCGAUGUUAGUGCUUCCACCGGAAUUGGACGAAUCGGGUUGGACACCACAGAAAGUAUCAAACAUGCAUUGCAUGUUACAGAUUGUACGUGCUUUAGUUAGCCCAAUUAAUUCACAGAUUAUCGUAACAUCGUGUCAGAAAACCAUGCGAAAUUGUGGUUUAUUAGAAACAUUGUGCAAAAUUCUGAUGGGCAGCGGUGUGCCAUCGGACAUUUUGACCGAAACAAUUAACACAGUGGCCGAAGUCAUUCGCGGUGACAAUGAAAAUCAGGAAUAUUUUAAUUCGAUUUUGGCACCAAGUAAUCCACCACAACCAGCCAUCGUCGUUCUUCUUAUGUCAAUGGUGAACGAUAAACAACCGUUGAGCCUACGUACUGCCGUACUCUAUUGCUUCCAGAAUUUCCUCUAUCACAAUGAAAUCGGCCAAAUUAAAUUAGUGCAAACACUUUUGCCGUCAACAGCAAGCGUAUCCACAUUGACAGCCGGUCAGCUUCUAUGCGGCGGUCUUUUCAGUUCGGAUGCAUUGUCGAAUUGGUUCUCAUUGGUUUCACUCACGCAUGCACUCAUCGGCAACAAUACGCAGAAACAACAAUUACUCCGAGUUCUAUUGGCAACAUCACCUGGUAGCGAACCCAUUUCAUUACUCCAACAAUGCACAACACUGCUACAGAUGGGCAACUAUAAGCUUCAAUCGAAACUCGGCAUUCUAAUGUUGCUGUGCACAUGGUUGCACGACUGUCCAGCCGCUGUCAAAGCAUUUCUCACCACACCAAACACAACCGCAUAUCUCAUUUCACAAAUCAGUGCCAAUGAACAUGACGACAACGAGUAUUUGGUGCAGAGUCUGUGCGCCUUUCUCAUGGGCAUCAGCAUUCAAUUCAACGACAAUUCCGUGCAAAACAAUCGACGAGAAGAUUUAUGCCAAUUGGUACAGAAGCGAAUCGGACUGGAAACAUUCACGAAGAAAUUGGGCGAGGUGACCAAACAUGAGGCAUACAGUCGGGCCGCUAAAGUACCACAGAUUCGAACCAAAUCCGCCAGCGAUCUACUUUUAGACUAUGAAUUUUGCAAAUUAAUUAAGAAUAUUGAAGGAAUCAUCGUGAAAAACUUUACCGACUUUGAAAAUGUGUCCAGCUCGCCCGAGCAUCAAAAUGCAUCCGGUGUCAUCAGUCAAUACAAAGACAUCAUUCGUGAUCAAGAUUAUAAAUUACAGAAUCUGCAAAUUGCCGCCAAGAAUUCGGAGGAGGAAAUCAAGAGUCUGAAGAAACAAAUGGCCGAAAUGCAACAGACAAACGCGCAAUUAUUCGACCAAAACAUUUUGCUGAAAGCACAAUUGGCAGCAGCUACCAAUGGUCAUAGCACGGCCACACAAAAUGGCCAAUCGACAAAUAAUAACAAUAAUCUCGUCAGCUCGGCCACGGAGGCGGACUUUUAUCGAUCGGAAAAUCGUCGCCUUGGAGACGAAGUCGACUCGUUAAAUGCCAAAUUGAAUGAUGCGCUCGAAAUGACCGAACAGAGUUUGAGCUUAACGGAAAUCGGAAAAUUGAGAAAAGAUCAAGAGGAUUUAUUGGAAUUGCUUACCGAUCAGGAGAAUAAAAUCAAGAAAUAUCGACACCGGCUCAUAAAAUUGGGUCAAACCGUAACUGAUGACGAAGAAGAAAGCGAAGAAGAAAUUGACAAUAAAUAAAUCGGUUCGUUGGAUCGUUCAAUGGAGAUCAUCAUUAUUCACUUCUAUUUAUAUAGAAAAAAUCAUGUAAAAUAUAAAUAAAUUUAUCGAAAAUGUUUUCAAAAAUAAAUUGCCCCUAUUACUGAAUGGAAA